AUGAAUGAGGAUAGUGAUGGUGAUAUAUCAGAUAAUGACGGCGGUCUGGCUGAAGGUGUCGAUGAGAGCCCUGCUGUUGAAGGGCAUACGGAUGAGGAUCCUCACGAUAAAGCGGAGGCGGAUGAGGAACCUGCUGUUGAAGAGGAGGCGGAUGAGGAUCCUUGUGAUGAAGCGGAUGCUGAUGAGGAGAUAAACGAUGAGGAGGUUUCAGUUGAAUUUGAGUACGUGUAG